GAAGAAGACAAGGAUUCUGAUAACGAGGCGCAGACAUCUCGACACUGGCCGGCGGGGGCAGAACGAGUGACAGUCCACUCCCGGGAAGCGGAAGUCUUCUGGACGGUGGCCACCCUUUGCCACUCCGUCGAAGUUAAGGCGUCCAAUAAGGUGGCUGCCGAAGAAAAAGAUGUCGAGAUGUGCUACAGUGCAGUUCAGAUCGCAAAACUGUCGGAGACAGAGGGACGCACGCUACUACGGUUCUACCGGAGCGGAACGUUGGAAUUUGACUCAACCAGAAGGCGGAUGUCUGUCCUGGUACAGUCAUCCAACGAUGGACGCUACUUUGUCUUCAGCAAGGGAGCCGAGACUGCCAUGUUGAAUCAGCGGGCUCUUUUUAUUCCAAAAGUUGUCUUGGAAAACUAUUGA